CAGUCAAAGGGCUGAAGCAAGGGCGGUGUAGCAUCAGGCGACAUCAGCUAUAGUGUAUGGGGGUGGGGUCUAGCUUAUUCUGACUCAAGUAGAGGAGAGAAGUUCUAAAGAACAUCGGGUGACCGAUAUUUUAUUCAGCUAUGCAUGUGCAGGAGUGGUUGCGGUCCCUGCGCUCCAGCGGGGGAGGGGACAGCGCCCAGGCGGAGGACCUGUGGCGUCUCGUUCCCUCUCUCCCCCUGUCCUCCUUCUCCCUGUCCUCCCUCUCGCUGUCCCCCUCCUCUCUGCUGGGCCUGGGGGCCCUGGCCUCCCUCACCGCCUACUGGCUGGUGACCCGGCCGCGCCCCAUGAGGCCCCCCUGUGACCUGCAGGCCCAGUCUGUCCCCGUGCAGGGAGAGCCUACCUGGAGGCGCUCAGCUCUCCUGAAGGACGACUCUCUGCUGGAGUUCUACUACGAAGACACCCGGACGGCGUACGACAUGUUCCAGCGAGGAGUGAGGAUCGCAGGAAACGGGCCGUGCCUGGGAUACAGGAAACCAGGGGAGGCCUACAAGUGGAUCUCCUACACUGAGGUGGCUGAGCAGGCACAGGUUUUAGGCUCUGGGUUGUUGGCCAAGGGCUGCCAACCAAGCCCUAAGCAGUUUGUAGGAAUAUUCGCACAGAACCGACCAGAGUGGAUCAUCUCCGAGCUGGCCUGCUACUCCUACUCCAUGGCGGUGGUGCCCCUGUACGACACCCUGGGGAUGGAGGCCAUGGUGCACAUCCUCAACCUGGCUGAGAUCUCCCUGGUGAUCUGCGACCGGGCGGAGAAGGCAGAGUCUCUCCUGGGGAAGAAGGAGAAGGGCGUGACCCCCACCCUGUCCUGCCUGGUGCUCUUCAAUGACUGCCCAGACGCCCUGGUGGAGAGAGGGAGGAACUGCGGGGUGGAGAUCCUGCAGCUGGCCCAGCUGAUGGAUCUUGGCCGACAGAACCUCAAGGAUCCAGUGCCCCCCAGCCCUCAGGACCUAGCGGUGGUGUGCUUCACCAGCGGAACCACAGGGAAGCCCAAGGGGGCCAUGAUCACCCACGGCAACAUCGCCUCCAACACCUCCUCUGUUAUUAAGAUCCUGGAGGGCUCGUUUGUGAUCCGCCAGGAGGACGUGUCAAUCUCCUACCUGCCCCUCGCUCACAUGUUUGAGCGCAUGAUCCAGGUGUCCAUGUUCUGCCACGGCGCGCGGGUGGGCUUCUACCAGGGCGACAUCUCCCUGCUCAUGGACGACAUCAAGACCCUGAAGCCCACCUUCUUCCCCGUGGUGCCUCGCCUGCUCAACCGCAUCUAUGACAAGAUCCUGGGCUCCGUGACGUCUCCUCUCAGAAGGGCGCUGCUCCACUACGCAGUGAGGAGGAAGCAGGCAGAGCUGAGCAGCGGGGUCGUCCGGAACAACAGCCUCUGGGACCUGCUGGUGUUCAACAAGAUCCAGGCCAGUUUGGGAGGGAACCUGAGGUUCAUCCUCACAGCCUCGGCCCCCAUCUCCCCCACGGUGCUGUCCUUCCUCAGGGCCACGCUCGGAUGCCUGAUCUUCGAGGGCUACGGGCAGACAGAGUGCACGGCCGGCUGCACCUUCUCCAUGCCGGGAGACUGGAGCGCAGGUCACGUCGGCGCUCCCCUGCCCUGCGCCAUGGUCAAACUAGUGGACAUCCCUGAUAUGAACUACUACGCCGACAAAGGCGAGGGAGAGAUCUGUAUCCGAGGCCACAGUGUGUUCCGGGGCUACCUGAAGGAUGAGGAGAAGACGGCCGAGGCCCUGGACGGCGAGGGCUGGCUCCACAGCGGCGACGUGGGACAAUGGCUGCCGAACGGGACUCUCUGCAUCAUCGACAGGAAGAAGCACAUCUUCAAGCUGUCCCAGGGAGAGUACAUCGCUCCGGAGAAGAUCGAGAACGUCUACAUGCGCUGUGUGCCUGUGCUGCAGGUGUUUGUGCAUGGAGACAGCCUGCAGUCUCACCUGAUUGGCAUCGUUGUGCCCGACCCAGAGGUGUUUACUGAUUGGGCCAAGGAGAGGGGCAUUGUCGGAUGCUAUGAGGAACUAUGCCUGAACCCAGAUGUGAAAAAGGCAGUGUUAGAGGACAUGACCGUUGUGGGUAAAGAAGCUGGACUGAAGUCGUUUGAGCAGGUGAAAGACCUGCACCUGCACCCUGACAUGUUCAGCGUCAGUAACGGCCUCCUCACCCCCACGCUGAAGAGUCGGCGUGUCGACAUCCGACGGUUUUUCCAGGAACACAUCACAAACAUGUACAGCAAGACCUCCACUUAACAGCCUCUCCCACGUACAAACUGUGUGCAGUUAUGAUGUUAUCCAUCGCUGGGCUAAGGGUCUGCUGGAUAGUAUUAGCAGUAGAGAAGUAGGUACUAGCGAAUGUGCCGUGUGUGUCAAGUCCACAAAGUGACCUGACCUUGGAAAGACAGACGUCAAGUCUCACUAAAAACUCAUCCCGUCAGACAGUAUCUGACGCUCGUCCAUCUUGGGGAGCGUGUUCCUAAUUUGAAGUCACACGCUUGAUAGCACAGUGAAGGAAGUCAAGUGUUCCAAAGUUUCUGACAGUUUAUAGAUGAAGAGAAACAACAACAGAAGGGACCAAACUCUUGUCCUAGAUCUAGCUGCUGGGUGAGCUUAGCACUAGAUAUCCAGCCCAGGGUCGGAGAGCACAUGCUACAGGAGAUCGAUCUGCAGUAACGGCCUAAACCACACAUCCGUCCUCUAAGUCAAGAGGUGACUUGUUUCGAAUGGUAUAAUUCUAGAAAUGUGGAUGUCUAGAUAAAUAGUCAAUGUUUUGUAUAAUGAAAAGACCUGCAGUACCUUAGUAGUUAUAUCUGCAAGGUAGCUCAAUCCCAUUCCCUCUUCCCUACUCGGUCCACGGUUAUGAGGAAUGACACUGACUAUGUUCUACAUUACAUAAUUUAUGGUACUGAAUUUGUAAAUGGGACAUUAUGAAAUGUAAAUAUUGAGAUUGGUGCUCUAUGCUGACAAGGCACUACUUAGACUAAUUCCAGCUGUAGAAAAAAAUAAAUCACGAUCAAUGAUU